ACAAGAAUAGGUCGAUAUAUCGUAAAAAAAUAUCGGCCAAACGCCACGUCUGAUGAAAUAAAGAGUGGAAAAAAUAUAACAUUUCGCGAAUUCGCGCAAUAUUUAAUAAGAGAAGGUGUCACAAAUGAAUUGGCAAAUGAGCACUGGAUGCCAGUUAAUGAUCUUUGUCAACCCUGUCUUAUAAAUUAUACUUUUAUUGGUAAAUAUGAAUGGUUUGAAGAGGACACUAGAACUGUUCUCGACAUGGUUGGUGCUCCUUACAUUGAUUUUCCCGUUUCUAAACCUAAUUACACUCGUGACAAGUUAAGGUUUUAUUUUCAACAACUUUCUCUGUCUGAAAUCGAAGAUUUGUACAAUUUGUAUAAGCUUGAUUUUAAACUUUUUGGAUAUGACUUGAAUCCUAUUUUAGGAUUCGAGAUUGGAUGAGUUAUCUUAAAAUUUAAUUGUCUUCUUAACCCAGGUCACCCAUUGGGUUGAGUAUGAGUAAUGAUUUAUGGUGCUACUAAUUUAAAUAAUUAACCAUUGAAGUACAAAUUUUUAACUAGUGGCAGUGUAUUUUUUUUAUGUUGCACUAGUUCAUAACAAAAUUUUUCAACCUUUUUAAAUCAAAUUUUAGUAUGUUUAUUAAAGCCAUAUUAAAUCUAGUUAAAAAAUAGUGUGUAAGUUAGUUUUAGCAAAUUUUUUAUUUUUUUACCAUCAUUACGUAUAUUUGAACUAUAUCUGCAAAUAAAUUAUUGUU